UAUGGUCGCUUAUUUAUAGCCAGCGAUGGUGUUGCAUAGCCUAUCGCUUUUUCUCAAAAACAUAUCCAAUUUUUCUCUUUCUUGUCGUCAUAUCCUGCAGGCUGCAGGCUGCAGCAGUGCAACUAGUAGAUUAUUGAGCGGUGGGCUGGUGGCGCAAAGGUGAAAGCAAGGCAAGAACAUGACGAUGUUACUUAGGCUAGCAUUAUGGGUAUGGUGCAUUAUGAUGGUGUUGCUGGUGAGGCCAUCAAGAAUGGAAGAAGAAGAAGUAGGCUCGAGCUUGCAGAGUACAUCCACGGUAGGCUUCAGAACAGAAUUCGGUAAUAGUGGCUACAAGGCUUUUAUGAGAAGACUGCGCAACAAGAUGGCAGCUCCAGUAAGCCCUUGUGGUAUACAAUCAGCUCGAAAGAGUCCACUCCCAGGAGCAAAAUACAUUGAAGUUGAGCUCAGGAACAGCAACACUGAAUGGGUGACACUAGGAGUGGAUACCAUCGACUUGUAUGUGUGGGGUUAUCAAGAUAGAAUUACUCGCCGCCAAUUUCGUGCAAACUUCCUGCAGGGUACUCCUCAGGAAGCCAAGGACAGUCUCUUCAGAGGGCGAAAACUUGAAAGGACAACUUCUUUUGGAGGCAGCUAUACUGAGCUUUCUAGAGCUGCUAACAUUGGUAGAGAUCACCUUGAAUUGAGCGUUAAUAAACUGCAAUUUGCAAUCACAUCAGUGUAUGGCAAGGACAAUGUGGAGGGAAGAAUCGAGGCUAGGUUCUUCCUUAUUGCUAUUCAAAUGGUUGCGGAGGCAGCACGAUUCAAAUACAUUGAGAAUUUGAUCGCUGAUAGUGCUGGUGUGAUACCGCCACCAUUAAUGUUAGAGUAUGAGAAUAGGUGGAGUACAAUCUCUGAACGCAUACAUAAAGCAGAUGCUGAAACAGGGUGUACAACUUUAAGCCCACCGCUUGUAUUUUUACAAUCUACUGGACACCCGACAACGGUGAAUCAGGUGUCUCAGAUAAGGAAUCACUUAGGCCUUAUCAAGGCAAAAAAGUAACAGGCUCAACGAUCAGCAUUGUUACGUUGUUAUUUCAUAUUCAUGGCCUCUGUUGUUUGAUGCUUGGCUCAUCAUCGAUGGAAACCUUGCCGUUACUUAUAGUACCUUCCCUUAUGUGGGCAGUUGCGCACCAAUCAAUCCAUUAGGUGCAUCAUAUAAUAAUUAAGUACCACUGUUAGUAUUACUACUAUCUUAUUGGCCUUGUUUGGUAAUUGGCGGUUGGCGGUUGGUUGUUGGCUGUUUUGUGUGGCUGGUUUGACUGGCUGUUUGUAUUGGAUGUUUGUGUUGGCAGUUUGACUAUUUUUAUUUUAUAAACAUGUUUGGUAAAAUUGUAUUUGGUUGUUAAACUAUGAAAUGACCAUUAUGGGCAUUGAUUUUUUUCA